UCAGCAGCAAUCUUGGCUCUCCGUAGUCCGUACUCCACGCAGAACUGGUGUUGUGCGUAAAGCUGAUUCCUUAUUCUACUGAUUGCAAACAAACUCACAGAACACCUGUACAAACUCUCGCGAGUGAACCCGCACGCCGCACCUCUUCGAUCAUGCGAGCAUGCUCAGUGAAAUGCGAAAAUGGCUGAUCGGCUCUCUGGAGUUGCUAUAAUUAUAUGUAUUGCAUUAGGUGUCCUGACAUUCCUCCUCCUGUUUAUAUUCGCCAAGAGGCAGAUAAUGCGAUUCACCCUCAAGUCAAAGCACAGCCCUCACGUGCCAAUUGGCCAUGGUGUAUCUAAGUCGCUGAAAGAUGAAGUUGAUAGGCGGCUGCUAAUUAUAAAAGACAUAGCAUACGAGCCUACACUUCUCAAGCCAAACGAGUGCCUUUCAUCUGACAGCGACCUGUCCCAAGUGCAACCCCAGCAUUUGCUUCGCAUGGGUGUUGUGGACAAGCUUUCGGAACUAGAGGAGCAUCUUGGAGGAAUCGACAAGACACGGGUCCGAAAACCAGGCCAAGAUGUUCGAGUUUUCCUUCUGCGCCAAGUUCAUGGGGGACCAUUUGCAAACUGUGAUCCUCGCAUCAUACACAAGUUUCUGGACUUGUAUGAACAUGCUCGACACAGUCCAAAGGAGUUCACACACGAACACUACUUUGCAUUCAUGGGCAUCCUAGAGCAACUGAAGUCAAGCCUACCCUCUCGGGAAAAGACCACACCUCGGUGCAAGGAUGCGACGCAGCCACACAAGAGUAGCGCGUCUCCAAAUGUCAACUUCUUGUCUUCAACGACUCUUCCUUUGCCGGACGCAAUCCUUCCAGGCAACAAUGGGAGGCCAGUGACUGAGCCACUAGCUAGCUGCCGACCAUCUACUCUUGCAGCUGCGGAAGAUGAUAACAGCAGAGAUGCUGCUCUGGAAACUUCAGUCUAAGUGUUGUGCUUCACUGUGCGUCGACCUCCACAAGUGUCAACAUCUGUGCUGUUGCUCUCGUCUUCAUAGUUCUGUGCUUGGGAUUUAUGGACAAAGUGGUCAUAAUUUCACUGUUGAAGUCGUAGAACUAUUGCUCUGAUGUUUAUUUUCCCACAGACUCUGGUGAGCUGGUGUAAAAUAACAGUAAAGAAAAACCCUCACUGUA